AUGAGAACUUACCAAGUUUUGAUAUUAUUUGUGUCUUUGUAUGCCAGUACUACAUGUACAACCAAUGGUCUAUAUUUUCAACACCAACCUCCACCACCAUCAACAAAGUGGGCAUUUGCACAGUCGUAUUCCUGGGCAGCUUCUGGCAAUAACUUUUAUCCAAUAGGACAACAAUCACAAACCCAAAUGGCACCGCAACAGCAGGAACAACAAAGACUGCAAGACCAAGUUCAGCAAGCAACGCAACAACAGCCAAUACAAGAUGAGCUGAAUCGUCAAGCCCAAAUUCGACAGGCAAAGGAGCAACAGGCAAUACAAGAUGAGCGGAAUCGUCAGGCCCAAGUUCGACAGGCAAUGGAGCAACAAGCAUCGCAAGAACAACAAAUGCGUCAAGCCCAAAUUCGGCUAGCACAGGAGCAAAAAGCAUUACAAGAUGAACGGAAUCGCCAAGCCCAAAUUCGACACGAAAAGGAGCAGCAGGCAAUACAAGAUGAAUGGAAUCGUCAGGCCCAAGUUCGACAAGAAAAGGAGCAACAAGCAUUUCAAGAGCAACAAAUGCGUCAAGCUCAAAUUCGGAUAGCCAUGGAACAACAGGCCUUGCAAGAUCAAUUGACUCGUCAAGCCCAAAUCCGACGGGAAAUGGAGCAGCAAGCACAAGAACGAGCGCUGCAACAGCAGCGAGCAGAACAAGAACGAGCGUUGCAACAACAAACAAUGGAAGAGUCAGCAUUGCGGCAGAGAGCACUGCAGCGUGAGCAAGAUCUGCAACGACCACAACAACCGAUUGUACAAAGUGAAAAAGACAAACUUCGAUCUAAUGACGUCAUAGUGCCGAACGAAUCCAAUGGACACGCUAAUCCUAAUACUAUGAGAAUUGGAAAUGAUGGUUCAAAUUUCUUUCCGCAGAAAAACGAGUUUCCACAGGAAUUGUCAGAUGAAAUUGUUCGAAAGGUUAUGCAAGAAACUCGUGGUCUGCCAAUGAGUAGGGAAGAUAUUGAGAAAAUUGUGCGCAAUAUUUUACUCGCAACUGCAUAUAAUAAUGGCAGAGAUCCUAACUCGAAUAGUAAUCGCUUAAGCAGAUAUAUGGAUAAUGGUUAUGGAGACGUUUCAAAUAACAAUCAGAAUUUGAAUGGAUGGAAUGGAAUUGCUGGCAAUCAAAGGGAAACAUUUAAUGCAAGAAAAAGUACUACUAACCCAACAGAACAAUUCAAUUCCGAAACCGAAUGCUUCUUUAACUGUGGAAAUUCGCAAAGUAAUGGACAACCGAUUGCUGCCGCGGCAAUGGCAAUGGCUCAUUCAGGAAAUUCACAAAGUAGUGGACAACCGAUUGCCAUGGCCAUGGCUAAUUCAUUUUUUCCAAUAAACAAAUUGACUGAUCCAAGGAUAGGAGCUAAUUCAUUUACAUAUACGAGUGUAUGAUUUAACAUGCAUUGUUCAUAUUUCUAGAAUGGACAAUAAACCACUGGUAUUGAAACAAAA